AAUGUAACAGUCUAUCUAUUUUGUGUUGUGGGGGAAGCUGUAAACAAAAGCCGUAGUCACCGAGCUUUUUUAAAUUGAGUGCAAACUCAACUGACAGGUUGGAGGAGUGUAGAUGUCGAUGAAAGUCAUGUUUCCCAGUGUACCUGAACGCAUCUGCAGCAGCUUUGGUUUCUACGGCAACGCCUGACAACGAAGACGAAAGAUGGUUCACAUCACAGAAGAUCUAAUCCGGCGUCGCGCCGAGCACAACGAGUGUGAGAUCUUCUCCCUGGAGGAGGUCUCCCUGCAUCAGCAGGACAUCGAGAGGAUCGAGCACAUCGAGCGCUGGUGCAGGGAUCUGAAGAUCCUUUAUCUUCAGAAUAACCUCAUACCAAGAAUCGAGAAUGUAGGACGCCUCAAGAAGCUGGAGUACUUGAACCUGGCCUUGAACAACAUAGAAGUCAUUGAAAACCUGCAAGGCUGCGAGAAUCUGCAAAAAUUGGACCUGACGGUGAACUUUGUGGGGCGUCUGAGCAGCGUGGAGAGUCUGAAAGAAAACAUCCACCUGCGUCAACUCUUCCUGGUGGGCAAUCCCUGCACGCUCUUCGAGGGCUACCGCAAGUACGUCGUCGCCACCUUACCCCAGCUCAAGUGUCUGGACGGGACCGAAGUAACGCGGUCCGAGCGCAUUGCGGCCAAUCAGGGCUUGGAGGAGUUGAGGAUGCGUGUCCUGGAGCAGGAGGACCAUUACUUGAGGAAGACCGCGCACGAGAAGGAAGAGGAGGAGGCCAAGAGGAAGCAGGCCGAGGAAUCAGGAAGUAGUGCUGGUGACUCGGAAGAGAAGCAGGAGCAGCUGACCGAACUGGAAGAAGAAAGACGGGAGAAGGAAUUCUGGCACACGCCGUGUCCCUUCACUCCAGAAUCCCGCCUGGAAGCUCACCGCCACCUGGAGGCCAAGCGGAGGGCCAAGGAGACAGGCAACGAGAAGAAAGUGAAGCCCCCGAGGACUCUGAUAACUGCUGAUGGACGAGUCCUGAAUGUCAAUGAGCCCAAACUGGACUUCUCUCUGAUGGAAGACGACAACAAUAGCAGGAUCGUUUUGGACCUGGCAGUGUACAGACACAUGGACACUUCCCUGAUGGAUGUGGACGUGCAGCCAACGUACGUCAAAGUUGCCAUCAAAGGAAAAAUAUUUCAGCUGGUUCUGCCGGCUGAGGUCAAGCCCGACAGCUCGACGGCACAGCGGUCGCAGACCACGGGGCACCUGCUGCUCCACAUGCCCCGGGCUCAAGGUGAAAUCAAGGUGACAAAAGCUGCCAUACAUCCAUCGAAAGAUGACCGCCGCCGCCGCGGCAGCUCGCCCGACAGCAAGAAAAGGGGUCGGUCACUGAUGACAACAGUGAGAGUUCUCUGUAUAUAAAACACACGCUGGUUUCUGGCUCAUCACCAUCUCAGCGCCGUCAUCAGCAUUUUACAAGCAGGGUGGCGUGUCGUCCUUCAAGCCCCCCCGCUGCCCUGGUGACCAACGUCUUUAAUCAAACGUUUGAUCAAAAAAAGCUGACAGCUGAUUUAUUCUCCAUGGACGCCAUUAGGACGACCUCCGCGGUGUCAUUGGUUUUUGAUCUGCUCACUGAUGACAUCAUGAUUGCAUCACGAUCGGCAGCUAUUGGUAGGGGAAGUUCAAAGUUCAGGGUGACAUGAAAAUUCUGACCUUAACGGUUUGGUAGGGUCCACAAGUGCAAGAGGUCCCUUUCUUCAUUUUUCAGCCAGAUUGAGAUGAGAUGCUUCACUAUUUUGGUCACUUCAGCGACAGCGACGAUUAACUCUUGAUAUAUUCCUACAAUGUACAAGCAACAUACUGUUGGGUGAUACUGGCCUUCAAAUAAAAUCUUUUCCAGAUAUAGCAUAUUUCCAAAUUGAGGCAAUUUUU